AUGCCUCGGAAGAAGAGCGACGUGGCGGCGAGGAUGGAGGACGUGAUAUCCAUCGAGGAGAUAGUUCCAGUGGGAAUAGAAAUUGAUGGAGAAGUUGACAGUGACAGCGAAGAAGACACGGGCAGGAGAGGAAACGGGAGACAAGCCAGUAGAAGGGCCAAUGGCCGCAGAGGCAGGAAAGCAGCUGAAGAGGAGGAUGAAGAUGAGGACGAUUCUCCUAAAGCACGGAGAGGAGCAAACAGGAAGAAGGCAGCCAAAGCCCAGGAGAGCGAGGAGGAGGAGAGCGAAGCAGAGGCUCCCAAAGCUCAGAGAGGAGCGAACAAGAAGAGAGGAAAAGCCAAAGAGAGUGAGGAGGAGGAGAGCGAGGAGGAGAAAGGCAACAAGCGAAACAAGAAAGGAGCUACCAAGAAGGAGAAAGAGGAGCAGAACAAGAAGGAGAAGAAAGGAGAGGUGAAGGGAAAGGGCAAAGGGAAGGAGAACGAGAAAGACAAGGACAAGAAAAAAAAGAAGAAAGACAGCAGCUCUUCGGACUCAAACUCAGACUCGGAGUCAGAGCAGUCCAUGUCGGAGGGAGAGAUGGCGAGGCUCAUGGAGGAGGUGGAGGAGAAGAAGAAGCUCAUCUCCAACAUCAGGAACAAACCAUGGAGGAUGAAACGAAGACUGCAGCACCUGAAAGAUGCCCAGCAGUUUGUGGACAAGUUUGAAGGAGCUCUGGGCAAAGGAAAGGGCAGGAAGCUCUACGCCUAUAAGGUCAUGAUGACCAAGAAAUGGAUCAAGUUUCAAAGAGAUUUUGAAAAUUUCAAGACUGCCUGCAUACCCUGGGAAAGGAAGAUAAAAGAAGUUGAGAGUCAUUUCGGCUCUUCUGUAGCCUCGUACUUCAUAUUUCUGCGCUGGAUGUAUGGGAUGAAUCUGGUUCUCUUUGGCUUCACGUUUGGCUUGGUCGUCAUCCCGGAGGUGCUGAUGGGCCUCCCAUAUGGAUCGAUUCCCAGGAAGACUGUCCCCAGGGCAGAGCAGCCAACGGCAAUGGACUACUCCGUUCUCAUGGACUUUGGUGGUUACUGCAAGUACUCAGUGCUCUUCUAUGGCUACUACAACAACCAGCGAACCAUUGGCUUCCUCAAGUUCAGGCUGCCCCUGUCCUACCUCAUGGUGGGAGUCGGCACCUUCGGCUACAGCCUAAUGGUUGUCAUACGAACGAUGGCAAAAAAUGCAGAUGUGGGAGGCGGGGACAGCGAAGAUGGCGAGUUCACCUUCGCCUGGAAGAUGUUCACCAGCUGGGACUACCUCAUUGGGAAUGCGGAGACUGCUGACAACAAGUAUGCCUCCAUCACAACCAGCUUCAAGGAGUCCAUUGUGGAUGAGCAGGAGAACCAGAAAGAUGAGAACAUCCACCUGAGGAGGUUUCUCCGGGUUCUUGCCAACGUUCUGAUCCUCUGCAGCCUGGGAGGAAGUGGCUACCUCAUCUACUUUGUGGUGAAGCGCUCGCAGGAGUUUGCAACCAGGGAUGACCUGAGCUGGUACGAGAAGAACGAGGUGGAGAUUGUGAUGUCCCUGCUUGGACUUGUUUGCCCCCCGCUGUUUGAGACCAUUGCAGAGUUGGAGGACUACCACCCACGUAUCGCCCUCAAGUGGCAGCUCGGACGGAUAUUUGCCCUGUUUUUGGGAAACCUCUACACCUUCCUCUUUGCCCUGUUUGAUGAGGUGAAUGCGAAGCUGGAUGAGGAGGAGUCGAUCAAGAAUGCCUCCAUCUGGGCUAUGAAGGAGUAUUACGCCAACUUCAGUGCAUAUAACAAUGACACCAGUGCCACCCCCCCACCUAUCAACCCGGCCGACGUCAUCCGGGGACCCUGCUGGGAGACCACAGUGGGCAUCGAGUUUGUGAAGCUCACCGUCUCCGACAUCCAAGUGACGUAUCUGACCAUCUUGAUCGGUGACUUCCUGCGAGCCGUCGUCGUCCGCUUUCUCAACUACUGCUGGUGUUGGGACCUGGAGGCCGGAUUUCCGUCCUACGGAGAAUUCGACAUCAGUGGCAACGUGUUGGGUCUGGUCUUCAAUCAGGGCAUGAUUUGGAUGGGGGCCUUCUACGCUCCAGGGCUGGUGGGAAUCAACGUGCUCCGCCUGCUGACCUCCAUGUACUACCAGUGUUGGGCCGUGAUGGCCUGCAACGUGCCGCACGAGAGGGUCUUCAAAGCCUCGAAGUCUAACAACUUCUACAUGGGCCUCCUGCUGCUCAUCCUCUUCCUGAGCCUCCUCCCUGUGGUCUACACCAUCAUGACGUUGCCGCCCUCGUUCGACUGCGGCCCCUUCAGUGGGAAAACAAAAAUGUAUGAUGUCAUCAUGGAAACGAUUGACCUGGAUCUCCCUGCCUUCAUGGGGACGCUUUUCAGCUAUGCAGCUAACCCUGGACUCAUAAUCCCAGCUGUCCUACUCAUGGUGUUGGCCAUCUACUACCUGAACUCUGUCUCAGAAGCAUAUAAAAACUCCAACAUGGAGCUCAAGAAAAAGAUGCAAAUGCAAAGAGACGAGGAGAAGAACCGCAGGAACAACACCAAUAGCACCAACCAGGUGAUGAAGGACCUGGAGGACCUUCUCCCCAACCGCUCUCUGGUGCCCACUCCCGCUCCACAGGGCGCCACAGACGCCAAAGGUGACCCGGGGGGAAAAUCAGCCAAGGUGACGGGUAAGCCAGGGGCAGCGGGGGGUGCCGUGACCCUCCAGAAGGACGUGUCCUUGGCCUCACCGAACCCGCGCACCGCUGUGACGCGUCCCCCGGGACCCCGUGGGCCCGGACCUCUCCCUGGCAACCAGCUGCAGGUCCCUGGAGGAGAGGCCGGGCGGGGGCGGGGCCAACCCCGAAGACAAUAAUAUGCGGUCAACAAGUAGAAACAACCUUCAAGGGCUUCCGGAGUCAUCAUUCUCAGGCGAAGCAGUUGAGUAGAUUGUGUCGCUUGUAACUUCGUCCUCGAUAAAUCCUCUAGAACCUCUUCCAGAACCUGCAGGGGGCCCAUGUCACACUGUGUGAGGGACCCAACCCUAACUGUGUCCAGGCGCCUCCAUACACACCGAUACUUGCAUAAGACCAAUAUGGACGUCUGCAAGGACAACAGCGCAGACGAUGCUCUUUGGCACGCGGUGCACAUCACAUGAUGUCACGAAAUGGUGACACAGAGUGACACACCAGUGGCAGCGUAGGGACCCCUCUGCCGGACUACCAAGAACGUUGUUGCUGUUACUUUACAGCGUCACAGUCAUCGCUGACUGAACGGAAAUCGGCAUCCAGAGACACAGGCUGACUUUGUGUGAGGACGAGUCCCUGCACAUGCCCAGAUGACAGUUGUUUUCUACUUUAAAUAUUCAUGUCCCGCUGUGUAACAUUCCUUUGUAUUGCUAUGGUCACACUGAGGACGUUCACAAGAAGGUUGCAGGUUCCAAUCCCAGCGUUGUUUCAUUACUGGGAGACACACUGACUUGGAAACACUGCAAGAUGCACUGGCUGGAGAAGCUUGAAAAGGUAGUAAAUGAGCACGCAAUCUGACCACACGUCUAAACCACAGCAGAGCAUCAGCAUCAGCACCUUCCAUGCAAAUGAGAGAGCGGACAGUUUGUUUCGUUCAUGUAAAUGGAGGUGUUUGUCGGACAAUGAGGCUCUGUAUGAGAAGAAAGGAGCCUUUCAAGUGAAAAUGAGGCUAAGCUCACAAAUACGAUACAUAUGUUCAUGGCGAUGGAGUUAAUUUAGUAUGAACCCAACGUGAUUUAUUCUCAGCGAUGCAGUGUCGCUGAGCGAUGACCACUUCUUUACCUUCAGCCAACUACUCACGUUCUACAUGGCUUUGCUUUAGUGUUAUUUUUGCUGUGAAAAAGGUCAGUAAAAAAGUUUCAGAGCCAGUGGUGUUAAAGGAUUUUCUUCUGCUGUGGACCGUGUUCACAUGUUUUGUCCUCAUCACAGAAGAACUUGAAUGAAGACACAGUGAAAACAAGCCAUAAAUUGUACA